CUCCCUCUUCCUCUGUAUGCAGUCUCUGGUAUGUGCUAUGAUUCACUAGUAUUUUCCUUCCAGAAGAAGUGCACCUUAGUUCCACAAACAAAGUCUUGAAGCAAGCCAAGCAUACUUUUGGUUCACUGAAAACCUAACAACUGAGGAGAGGAAGAUAAAUCAGUGAGUGAGGGAGAAAGGUCAUUAAAUUGCAUUACACCAAAUCAGCUUUAACAGCAUUUGUAAUGCCCUCAUCAUAAUGCAGUCAGAGAAAGGAAGGAUUGGCCCUGUUCCAGCAUAGAGGGAAGAGGCAGUUACAGACUGCUCUUGCCGGCUGCAAAGCUCUUCUCUCCGUCAUUCUUGUUCUGUUUGCACUGCAGGCUACAUUGCCGAGCUGGAAGCUUCAUAAACCUGUUGUUGUUCUAUAGUUUACAAGACCUACUUAAACGUAUUGUAACGACGGGAAAAAGAAAAAAGAAAUGAGAGAAAACUGUGAAAGAAAACUCCAUGUGAUUGACUUUUGUAGAUUUUUCAACUUCAAUCUGAAUUCUGUUAAGUGUGUCAAACCAAUUUGAGGAAAAGUAAGGAAGAAAUCUGGCAAACUGAAUUGGCAUCUUUCAAACCAAAUUAAUUCUGGAUUACCAAACAACAGGGAAACUUUUUCACAACUUAACCCUGACAGCAAGGCCUUUGCUAUCUCUUUAUCUUCCCUGUCCGAGUUUGGGCUGUUCUUUAGAAAGCAGACACAUUAUCCCAGCCACAGUCCCCUCCUGCUCUCUCGCAAGCAAGGAGGGACAGGAUGCCAGUGCUGGAUAGGUGCUUUAACUCUGCGGAGAUGGGCAGAAGUUGGAGAACAGCUGAAGUUCUAUUGCCACCUUCCAUGGGUAGCUUGCCAGCCUACCAUUCUGGAAACCUGACCUGUGAGUUGCCGGAAAUAAUAAAGAUGGUGAAACUCCUUUGGAAAUCAAAGACUGGCUUACAGAGUGUGAAGCAAAGGGGGCUGUUGGCCAAUGAAGAUGCCCUAGGUUCUCUACCAGGAGAUGCUCGAGUGAAAGGUCCAGCAGGGGUUCUCUCUGAACGCCGCGGUUCAUACCCUUUUAUUGAUUUCCGUCUUCUCAACAAUACUACACACUCAGGAGAAAUUGGCACGAAGAAAAAAGUAAAAAGACUUUUGAGUUUUCAGAGAUAUUUUCAUGCAUCAAGGCUUCUGCGAGGAAUUGUGCCACAAGCUUCUCUGCACUUGUUGGAUGAGGACUAUCUUGGACAGGCACGGCAUAUGCUGUCUAAAGUGGGGAUGUGGAAUUUUGACAUCUUCCUGUUUGAUCGCCUGACAAAUGGUAACAGCUUAGUUACAUUACUGUGUCAUUUGUUCAAUGUGCAUGGGCUUAUUCAUCACUUUCAGCUUGACAUGGUCAAAUUACACAGGUUUUUAGUAAUGGUUCAAGAAGAUUACCAUAGCCAAAACCCAUAUCACAAUGCUGUCCAUGCUGCAGACGUCACACAAGCUAUGCACUGCUACUUGAAAGAGCCAAAGCUUGCCAGUUUUCUUACACCAUUGGACAUCAUGCUUGGGCUAUUAGCAGCAGCAGCACACGAUGUUGACCACCCAGGGGUUAACCAGCCAUUUUUAAUAAAAACCAAACAUCACCUUGCAAGCUUGUAUCAGAACACAUCCGUGUUAGAGAACCAUCACUGGAGGUCCACUGUUGGAAUGCUGAGGGAAUCAAGGCUCUUAGCUCACCUGCCAAAGGAAAUGACACAGGAUAUUGAACAACAGUUGGGCUCUUUAAUACUGUCAACGGACAUCAAUCGUCAGAAUGAGUUCCUUAGUCGUUUGAAAGAUCACCUGAACAACAAAGAUCUCUGCUUGGAGGAUACAGAGCACCGGCACUUCAUGUUGCAGAUUGCUCUGAAGUGUGCUGACAUUUGCAACCCAUGCCGUGUCUGGGAACUGAGCAAGCAGUGGAGCGAAAGAGUCUGUGAAGAAUUCUACAGACAAGGAGAACUUGAACGAAAGCUUGGACUGGAUAUUAGCCCCUUGUGCAAUCAGCAAAAGGAUACUGUACCAAGUAUACAAGUUGGCUUCAUAACAUAUAUAGCUGAGCCCCUCUUUGUCGAGUGGGGCCACUUUACAGGGGACACACCAUUAUCUGUAAAUAUGCUAAACCAUCUCAGGAAGAACAAGUCUAAGUGGAGAGCACUGCUACAUAAGCAGCGCAGUAAAAGCAAUGACCGUUUGGGACAAGGAACAGAGGACAAAGAUGAUAAAAAGCUCACAGAAGGUGGAGCCCCACAGUGACUAUUUCAGACUCUUCUCUGUAGCAUUUCUGGCCUUUCCUUUGCUUCUAACAAUGAAGAAUGGUUUUAAAAAGCUCAGGUGAGCUGCUGUUGGUUUUCACAGCAGUUGGGGUAAAGCAGGGUCAAAGAAAGUAGAAAAGGAUUUAGGGUUGAGGUGGCCAAUCAUCUCUCCAUAUUCUGGUGUUCUGUUGUUUCACUCUCUCCAACUGUCUUAUUUCUGUAAGAGUUAAACCAGCACGCCCUGAUGGUCUUCAUUUUAUGCGGCCAGUGGAUUUACAUCUUGAUACAGUGGCUUUGAACAAUAGUCUUUGGACUUCGUAUACUUUGACUAGCAGAGCUGUGGAAGAGACCGUUUCACUUCCUAUAACUGCCCCAUCACCUGGAGUGGUUUGCUUUUUUGUUUUGUGGAAGCAAACACCUUGAAUAAAACCACAGAACAGACAAACACCAGCAUUAACUGGACUCAGAAGUGAUCAGUCUGAGAAAUGAACUUUAUUUUAAUAUGACCUGAAAGAAUCAGUAAAAAAAGAUAUCAUUUCUUCUUAAAUUUUAUAUUCAUAAAAGCUAUUUGAAAUAUUUGAAUUAAGCACUACCAUAGAAGACAAGAGACUUUUUUUAAUGCUUUAACACCACUUCGGAUUCUGGUAUUUUCGCUACUAUGAUGUGUAGUGCAUUGAAUUCUUCAUAAAGAAUGUGAUGGCCAUUUAAAAGUUGGUUGGAAAUGUUCAACGUUCCAACCCAUGGCUACUUUAUGAUUUUUAAGACUGAAGGUUUAAAGUUGUUAUUGCAAAUUGUGUAUAGUCCCACUUGUAUAUUUUCUGUAUAUACUGAGCUUCUUACCCACAUGCCAAAAUAAUGAAAUGUUGAAGAUCAGCUACCUGUACAAAUAUUGGCACUGUGAACAGAAAACUGUUACUUUUAACAAAAAAAAUAGCUUUUGUAAAUAUGGUAAAUAGAUUAUCUCUAAUAGUGCUUUCAUUUUCAUAUAAAGGCCUUAAAUUUUAA